AUGCCUCUGGUGUUCUUGUGCCAUUUUGCUGGUCUCGAUCUUAAGGAGAGCAGCAGCGAGAUAGCCUUGAGGGAUGCCAAGUUUGCAGUGAACCUCAGCUUUGGAGAAGCCGCAGUGCAGCUGCAGAUGACCCGAGAGGACGUCAUUGCUCUCACAAUCGAUGGACUCGCACAAAUCUGGAAGACGCUGGUCCAAAAGAUGGGCUUGAAUCUGGACAUGAUGGGUGCAGCUCCCACAUACAGCUGUGUACACCAACGACGAGUAGAGAAGCUGGUGCACGAGGCUAUAGCAUUCAUGUGGGCGUUGGUGGACUACAACCAACAAAUGCUGAGCGCCAUCACCACCAUCAAUGUGGAAGCCCCCGCCAAAGCGCAGCCCUUCCACCCCAGCAAGCCCAGAGAUUGGCCCGCCAUCCUGGCGCGCAUGCAGCUGAGUGAUGGGCAGGUGCGGCAGCUGCUGAGAGGCAGGCGGACACUCGUGCGCGAAGUGGGCGCCCUCAUAGCCCAGUGGGACCAGCUCUGGACCCAGCUGCAGAGCAUCAAGGAUGUUGAUGAGGGGCCUGGCUCCCCGCGGGUUGCAAACCUGACAGAGCAGCUGCGCGCGAACGUGCACGCGCUGUUCACCUGCCGAGCCUUCUACCUCUCCUGGGUCUACAAUCGGGUCUUCUCCCCUGUGCAGACGGCGCGGUACCUCACAGCUUCGUAUCCGAUUGGCCCAGACACCCUCUCCCUGCUCACCUGCCUGGCACAGCGGUACGACGAGCCCUCCACCACCGAGCUCAUGCGCGUGGCACGCCCCGGGACGGCCGCCGGCGCCGAUUUGCGCGCGCCCCUCUGCGGCAGUUCUGCGACGGUGUUCGGUGGCGGGGGCGGUUCUACAGCAGCGUUUGGUGCCGGUGGGGCCAGUUCUACCGUGGUGUUCCCUGUCAUGGACAGUUCUGCAGCGGCGUGCGGCGGCGGGUACAGUUCUAGCGCGGCGUCCGGCGGCCCAGGGGAUUGGCGCCAAGCGCUGGAGAAACAGCAGGCGACCGAGCGUCAGCUACUUGAGUUGUCCGAGAAGGCCGCAGCAUUGGAGUUGGAGAGGGAUCAGCUGCAGCGGGCCGUAGAAACUGCCACCAGUGACUCGCAGGUCAGCUGUACCAGUGGGAAGUCAGGCGAUGAGAAACCCGCUGUGAGCUUUUGUUUUGGGGAAGCUACCACGCAGCUGCAGCUGACCCACGCAGACAUCAGGUCACUCACAGUUGAGGCCAUGGCUGACAUCUGGAAGACGGUUGUGCACAAGCUGACCUCCUGCCUUGCCAAGAUGGAUGCUGCUCCCAAGGACAAGCGCUGCCAGUCGCGCAUAGAGGAGAUGAUGUACGAGGCGCACUUAUUCCUGUGGGCUUUGGUGCACCACAAACCGAGCCUGCUGCGAGCUUUGGGCUCAUGCAACAUGGAGGACCCGACUGGAAAGAUGUCCAGCAACGGCAGAAACUGGCCCGCUAUCCUGGCGCGCAUGCAGCUGAGUGAGAAGCAGGAAGAGCAGCUGGUGGCUGUCAGGCGGACGCUGCUGCGCGAAGUUGGGGCGCUCAUCUCGGAAUGGGACCAGCUCUGGGCAGAGCUGCAGAGUAUCAAGCAUUUGGAGCAGAAGGCAGAGGGCUCUCUGGGCCAGUAUUCACACUAUGCUGGGCUGACAGAGCGGCUGCGAGUGAAUGUGAUGUCAGCGGUGCAGGCUGCGAGGUACAUGACGGCUUGCUAUCCCAUGGGCCCAGACACGCUCUGCCUCAUGACCUGCCUCGCCCAGCAAGCCAACGAGCCUGCGACUGGAGAACUGAUGUGCGCCGCACGCCCCCGGACGGCCGCCCCGGGUGAUGAGGAGCCGGCUGUGGCCUUCUGCUUUGGAGAAGCUGCCCUGCAGCUGCUGCUGACCAAAGGGGAAGUCAGGGCCCUGACAGUUGAGACAAUGGCAGAGAUCUGGAAGAGGCUGGUGCAGCGGAUGGCUCUGAGCCUUGACAAUAUGGACGCUACACCCAGGGAUACUCGCCUCCUGCAUUUUGUCAAGGACAUUGUGCAUGAGGCGAUUGCAUUCCUGUGGGCUCUGGUGCUGUACAAGCCGAGCCUUCUGCGAGUGAUCAACACUUGCAACAUGGAGGCUCCCACUGCAAAGCAGACCUGCGCCACAAGAGACUGGCCAGCAAUCCUGGCACGCAUGCAGCUGACUGAGGCACAAGCACAGCAGCUGCUGGCAGUCAGGCGGGCACUGCUGAAUGAAGUGGGGGCGCUCAUCGCCGAGUGGGAUCGCCAGUGGGCCGAGCUGCAGAGCGUGAAGCAUUUGGAGGAGAUGUCCGAAGAUGCAGUGAGUGACAGCGCAGACUCAGCGCGAGUCAGCGAGCAGCUGCCGGGCAGCGGGAGCUCGCUCAACGCCUGCAGGGCCUUUGCCAAGUCAACAGAUGGCAAUUCUCUGGAAACCACCCUCCUCAUGAGCUACAAGGUGCUGUCACCGGUGCAGCUUGCGCGCUACCUGGUCGGAUCAUAUCCCAUGGGCCCAGACACACUCUCCCUCAUGACCUGCCUCGCCCAGCAAGCCAACGAGCCGGCGACAAAAGAUCUCAUGCGCGCCGCACGCCCCCCGACGGAUGUUGGGCCCCAAGACAUGGAUUGCAGCGGCCUGGAAGACUUCUUUGAUCCCUUCUAUUCUGCGCUCGACUGGUGCUUCUCCUGCAACAACGGCGGCAGCAGCACGUGCAGCAUGACCGGCCUCGGGUGACCCUGGGAGUCUCAAGAUUCAUUCGAUAUUAAAUAAAUUGGGUGUGAUUUUGGGGAUUUUUUGAGCUGCCACAAGACAAGGUGCUUGGCGGGUGGCCAGGGUAUAGUUAGCUGCUGUCCAAUUAGGGUGCGUUUAAUUCUUUAAGACUGUCCUGAAUUCAGGCUGAGCAAGCUAGCCAAUUGGCAGCUGAGCACAAACUUUUUGUGAUACUUAUACUGCAGGCACACAUUCUUUCAACGCAAAAGAAGGACCUUGCAAUUCAGCAAGCAUUGAUUUUAUGCAAAGGAAAAAAAAAUAAGGCAAGGCCAGUAC